GCAGAAUCUAUUCCGGAGACAGUCCGGGGCCGCGAGUGGAUGCUAUUCCGCCAGAAGAUCUGCCUCUGUUCAGCAUAGAUCAUCCUCUCUCCGUUCCCCCGAGAGACCUAUCUCUCUUCUGUCGCGGGGAAGACAGUCUACUGCAGUGCCGAAUUGGCCCAGCUUGUAUGCUCACCCCCCGUCAACAACCCAUUGCCUUCUCCGUCCUUCCGCUUUCGUGUUAACUGUAUCAUCGACUUGCAGUCACGUCGUUCUCUCUAUCUCUCAGGAUGCUACAGAUCUUUCUGUGCCUCAUCGGCCUCGCUGCUGUGUGCGGUACUGCCUCCUCCAACACCAACACGACGGCUACUGCGGCCAACCCGUCAGCUGCUGAUGUCACCACCAACGAGACGGUAGGGAGGCUGCCUGUCACUGUGUGUCGGUUCUCUUUGCAUCUGCUGCUGUGAAUGUUUGUGUGUGCAGUCGGUGUCGAUGCCCGAGGCAGAUCUCGAUGCCACUCCUCUCAAUAAGAACGUGGGCAGUCUUAGUUGCUGAUGCGUGUGUCUGUGUAUGUGUGUGUAUGCGGCGUCUGCGUGCAGGUCGCUGAUGGCGAGGACGGCGACGAAGAAGAAAGAGCGCGGCGACGUCUGCAGUUCGGCGUCGGCGACAUCCAGAUUCCCGAUGUUGAAGAUAUUGAAGCACAGCUUGAUGCUGCCGAGAAUACAUGGUCCGAGGUAUACCCGUUCUCGCACGAGGGCGUUCAAGGUUGCAAUGACCAGGACCUCAUCGACAUGGCAGCGGCAAAGGGACAUGAGUUUGCAGAGAAGUGGGGGGGCGGAUGGCGCUUCUACGAUGCCGAGAUUGAUGGAACCCCCAACAAAAUUAAAUCCGGGGGGGACGUGGGGCUCUUUGGCGUGGAACCGCGCAAGUGCUCGAUAACGGGCAGGGUGGAGAUCACGAUGGUCAAAGAGGAUUACGUACGCGGCAUACACGCGAGUCAGAAGCUGUCCUUUCGAUUCGACUCAUUGUGCAUGUGUGUCUGAGUAGUGGAGGAAAAUCUACCUUCGCAACAGAUGCCACGAGCCCAUCAAAAUUUUCGCCCGCUACAAGACGACGUCCGGUGAGUGGGACUGCGAGUCGGAGACAGUCAAUCCCGAGAAGGACUUUUACAUGUCCGACGGCGGCAAGGAUAUCCGGGUGGAUGGCGACAGUAGCCGCAUCUACUGGUACGCGGAGAGCACCGUCAGCAGCAAGAAAAUUUCAGAUCCCGAUGCUUCUCCAAGAGAGUGUGACGGGCGCGAUCUGAAGAUGAGGACCAAGGACAAAGGCGACCUGGACACAGAUGGGAAUUGGCGCAUCUCUAUACCCCCCUGCGACCGUCGCCUCCGGGGGGUGACAGCCGACGAUGAAGAUUGAGUGCUGAUGCGGGGUGGGUCAUUGUGUUGAUGUACAUGCUGUUUUGUUACCUGGCGCCCCUCUGUCGAGGGGGUCUGUGCGUGGGUGGGUGGGUGUGCUACACAUGGGUAACAGACCGCUUGCUCUCUACAUGGUGGCCCCCCUCGGUUUCGGUGUCUUGUUUGCUCAAUCGGAAGGGGGCCUGAGUGCAUGGGUGUGUGUGUGUGUGGUCAGUCAUGUGUGUAGUGGCAGUCCGUGUGAGGAGUUGGUACGUUGAGUAGCAUACGGUUUGCUCUCGUGUGCACACUUUGUGUCGCAUUUGAUGAAGCCCGACAUGUAUGUGGUGCAUGCGUGCGUGUGGAUGGAUGAAUGGUGGCACUCACUUGAGCAGUGGCUGCAUGGUUUACGGAUUAGCUCAGGCACUUCAUGGGUGUCUGGGUCAUCGGCUGCCUGUCUGUCUGUCUGUCUGUCUGCCUACUCCUCUUCUGCCUGCUCGAGUGCUCAUUUGCGUGCUCGUUUGCUCGCUUACCUGUUUGAGUGUACGUCGGAGCGGGGGAAGUGUGUGCUGCGUGUGGGGUGCGGCAUGUCGGGCGGUGUCAUCCGAUGUGGAUGAGACAGCUGCGUUUCGUACUAGGUUUCGUACCUACCCCUCUUUUAUCUACUCGACUGCCUGAUUGGUGGUUUGUGUGUAUGAGUUGGUCGCUGUUUGCGUCCUCCCUCCUCUCGCCUCUCUCUCUUCGUUUGACCUGUUUUGACCGAAUCCUGGCGGCUCCCCUCGCAUGGCCACCUGUGUGGAUGUGUGGAUGUAUGGUCGCUGUCGCAGUUGAUACACCUCGAUCUGUGUGUCCGUGGUGAGGCAGAGUAUUCGAAGGGAUGCAGAGUAUUCGAAGGGAUGGAACAGACAGACAAGCGUGUCUCUUCUGUGUGUGGAUGUGUGGGUGUGGGUGUGGGGUGGGCCGAAUUUGAUGAAGCGCAUCUGCGUGUAAUGUAAUUGACGAGUGGCUGCCUUCAUGUGUGGCGAGUGUGCGUGUCUUAAGGAUUGAAAGAGACACUUUAUGGGUGUGCGGCCUCGUGUGGUGGACCGAUUGAAGAAUGCAC